AUGGUGCCGGGGGUCAAGGCGUCGAGCGUGAACAUUCCGAACACGAAAGCAGCCAAAACUCCUCAGAGGAGCGAAAUUAAUGCUGUUGCGACGCGGGCCGCCAAAGCGAAGGAAAAUGUCGGUCCUGACAAACUAAUUGUUCCCAGCUUCAAAUUUGAGAACGUCUCCAAGCAAGACUUCAUGGAUGCUCAGUCCUCUUGCCCGUCUCUAGAACACAUUCGUUCUAAGGAAAGAAUUAAAGCUAUUGUCACUGUUAAAAGUCGUUCGGUAAAAUUCGAACGAGUAAAUGGGUUGAUUUACCGUAUUUGCGUAAAGAGCAAACACGAACACGAAAUCGGAGAGAAACAAUUGGUUGUGCCCCGUAGAUUUAUUCCAAUAAUUUUGUCUAUGGCUCACGAUUCCCCUUUGGCAGGUCAUUUCUCUCAUCGAAAGACUGCAGAAAAGGUAUUCCAUAAAUUCUUUUGGCCAGGAGCAGGCGCAGAGAUCAAACGCUACUGUCGCUCUUGUCAUGCUUGCCAGAAAACGGUCCCUAAGGGCAAGAUCAGAAAGGCCCCCAUGGUUCAGAUGCCAGUCAUAAGCGAGCCGUUUUCCCGAGUAGCGAUUGAUAUCGUCGGGCCGAUCUCCCCGCCCUCGAGCCGAGGCCACAAGUAUAUGUUGACCUUGAUUGACAUGGCCACCAGAUUUCCUGAGGCAGUUCCUCUGAGAAAUAUCGACUCGGUAACUGUUGCUGAAGCGUUGUUAACCAUUUUCGCUCGUGUAGGAAUACCGAAAGAGAUUCUUUCUGAUCGUGGUACACAAUUUAAGUCUGAUUUGAUGGCAGAGAUCAACCGAUUACUUUCUGUUAAAGCAUUAUACACCAGUCCGUAUCACGCGUGUUGUAAUGGUACCGUCGAACGUUUUCACGCAGUGCUAAAAGCUAUGUUGAAAAAGCUCUGCAGCGAACGACCACAUGACUGGGAUCGUUACAUCCCAUCCGUCUUGUUUGCGUAUCGCGAGAUUCCUCACGAUACGCUAAAAUUUAGUCCGUUUGAGUUGCUGUACGGCCGUAAGGUACGUGGCCCUUUAUCAAUUCUGCAUAAUUUAUGGACUAAAGAUAUUGAUGGGGAGGUUAAGAGUACCUAUCAAUAUGUAUUAGAUCUGAGAUCUAGAUUAGAACAAUCGGCUCAACUAGCAUCCGCUCAUGCAGACGUGAAUAGCAGAAUGUACAAGACGUACUUCGACAGGAAAGCUAGAGCUCGAACGUUAAAAGAAGGGGAUGAAGUACUUGUGCUGUUGUCAACUUCGCAUAACAAACUAACUGUUCAGUGGAAGGGUCCCUAUUCUGUAGUACGCAAGCAUGAAAAUGGUGUAGACUAUGGAAUAAAAAUAAAAGGGAAAAUAAGGCUUUAUCAUGUGAACAUGCUGAAGAAAUAUGAAAGACGCGAAAAUGGCAUUUCUCACUCUCAGGUGUGCCAAGCUUGCGUGGUAGAUGCUUCUGAUCCCAUAGAUAAGAACGCUAAUGGCGUAUGUGAUAUACCCGAAUUGUAUAAUCCUGGUAAAUACGAAUUUAAUUUUAACUCUGAACUCUCAAAUGAACAAACCUCAGAGCUAAACCAUCUAAUCGCUGAUUUUCUUGACGUAUUUGUCGAUAAACCAGGCAUGACCAGUACAGUAGUUCAUGAUAUUCAUUUGACUACAGAGGUUCCCGUUCAUACGAAGCCUUAUCCUAUUCCAUAUCAUUUACGUAACGCUUUUGACGAGGAAGUGGAAAGGAUGAGGGAAUUGCGAGUAAUUGAACCGUCAACCUCUGCUUAUUGUUCACCUGUAGUACUGGUGAAGAAGGCCGACAACUCGUGGCGCUUUUGUGUAGAUUUCAGGUCUCUUAAUGACAUAAGCCUCUUUGACGCUGAGCCAAUGCCGACCAUGGAAGAAGCGUUGGGUAGUUUCGUGGGAGAUUCAUACUUUACGGAAAUUGAUCUCUGUAAGGGUUACUGGCAAAUUCCUCUGAGUGAUAAGGCGAAGCAGUACACCGCGUUUGCUACACAGAAGUAUGGCCUUAUGCAGUUUAGAAAAUUACCAUUCGGUUUACGUACGGCGUGCGCUACUUUCAUUAGACUGAUGCGUAAGGUAACUGCUGGUCUAAACAAUGUUAAUUGUUAUUUUGACAACUUGGUUAUACAUAGUCAGACAUUUUCUGAUCAUCUUUUGCAUUUGAGGAAAGUUUUGGAGCGUUUACGCGAGCACGGGUUAACCGCCGGGCCAAGUAAAUGUUAUUUUGCUUAUCCUAGCAUAAAAUAUCUAGGAUUUAAUCUUAGUGAUAAGGGAUUAAGUACACUUCCUGAUAAAGUUAGUGCCAUUAAGAACAUGCUUUUACCGGAGACGAAGAAGCAGUUACGCAGCUUUCUCGGAACUCUCUCGUUCUACCGAAAGUUCAUUCCGAAUCUGGCAAACCUCGCAUAUCCCCUGAAUGCUUUGUUAAAGAAAUUUAGUCCUAAUAAACUGAAUCUGACCCCUAGCCUCGUUGACAGGAUUAACGAAUUAAAAGAUCUCUUGAUGAAUGCCCCUAUUCUAACUUUGCCCGACUACAGUAAGACUUUCUAUCUUCGCACUGACGCGAGUGAUACUGGCCUCGGGGCCGUCUUGUUGCAAAGUGUCGAUGGCGUCCUCAUGCCCAUCGCCUACGCAAGUAGAAAACUUAAAGAUCGGGAGACUCGUUACGCUGUCAUUGAACGAGAAGGUUUGGCGAUCGUUUGGGCGAUCGAAAAAUUCUAUUGUUAUUUGUAUGGACGCGAAUUUAUUCUGCAAACUGAUCAACAGCCAUUAAAGUAUAUUAAAAACAUGAAAAACAGCAACGGUCGGCUUAUGCGCUGGUCACUCGCCCUUCAGUCACAUUCAUUCACAAUAGAAUAUAUAAAAGGCCAAGAAAAUGUUGGAGCUGACAUACUCAGCCGAUGUUCUGUAUAA